AUGAGAAUAAGAGAUAGAAAAUUAGAAUAAUCAUUUCAUAAUUAAUCUGAUUUUAAGAUUUUAUAAUCUUAGCCAAGAUUUAACAAGAAUUUUUCAAUUCAUAAAAAAAAUAAUUUUGGUGAUACCGUAAUUCCAGAAUGGUUAAAAUCAAGAAAAGAUUUUUAAUAAAUUUGUUAUACAGAAUCUAUAAAUGAUUUAUUAUCUGUUCCUAAAAUAAUUUUGAAAUAACAACGAAAUACAAUUGAAGAUUAAAAAAUUAAAGAUUGGAUUUAAAAUAAAGUUAAUGGAUUACCUGAUGAAUUAUACAAAGAUAUAACCUAAAUAAUGUCAACUAGAGUAUUUACGUAUGAGGAAAUCUUUGAUGUGGAUCAUAAUAUAACAAUAUUAUACGAAGGUAAAGUUUUAAGGGUGAAUAAAGAUCUUGGAUUCCCUAUUAAUGGUUUACCUAUAAAAUUAGGUGACUUUUUGAGUGAUGAAUACUUAUAUAUGGUUAAAACAGAUGUUAUUAUUGUAGAAAUUCCUAAAAUUGAAUUAAUGUAACUUAUGGAUUGUUUCAAAAUUUAAAAAUUAGAAUAAUUUGUAUAACAAAUGAAAUAAUUCCCUGCUUUCAAAUCUAUCAAAAAAAAUAGUUUACGUAAAAUCAUUACAAGAGGUUAAUUGUAAUUGAUCAUAAAGAACUAUUCAAGAUUUUAAAGAGCUUCAAAUUAAGAAUAUUUAAAUAUUCUCUUUUAUGGCAAAUUAUAAUUAAAUUUAAGAAAACUUAUAAGUAAAAUGAAUAAAUGGCCUAUUUCUUAAAAUUAAUGGGAAACUAAAACCUAUUAUUAAUAUUAAGAUAGAAUUUUAGAAUUAGAAUCUCUUAAUUGUUUUGGACUUACUGAUGAUUAAUACACUAUCUCAACAAGGGAAAGUUGUGUGCUUUUAUAAAUAAGAAGAAAUAUUUUAGAAACAAGUAUUAAUUGAAAACAAUUAAAAUAGUUCUAACAACAGAAUAAAUUAAUGAUUUGAAAUAAUCAAUUGAUAUAUUUAAGUAAGAAUCUAAAAGUUAAUGGAGAGAACGAAUGAGAAGAAAGUUUGAUCAAGAAUUGAUUCAAUAGAGAACUAGAAUGGAAAAAGUUAUGAUUGCGUUACUAAAUAAUUGAUUAUAUAAUUUAAUGUCUUUUUAAAUAUAAAAUUAUAUUAUAGGUAUACAUUUUAUAAUUAUGAAUAAGAUGAGUUAUUAGCAAAUGGUAAAUAUGGAAAAAUUGUUAUUGCUAAACAUUAAUUAGUGAAUGAAAAAGUUGUUAUUAAAAUAUUGGAGAAGAAGAAUCUUAAAUUAAAUAGAGAUUUAUAAAAUCUCGAAAAUGAAAUUCAAAUACUUAGAUAAAUUAAGCACCCGAAUAUAAUUCAAUUAUAUGAAGUAAUAUUAAUUGAUUUAAUAUAGAUUUUGGAAUCUACAUAUAAUAUUUAUAUGGUAUUUGAAUUUGGAGAUGAUCUAAAACAUAAAUAUAACUCAUCCUAAAAGUAUCAUUAUAAUAAUUUAUUGAUUUUCAGAAAAUUAAUCAUUGAUAUAUUUGCAAUAAAUUGUUAGAGGAGUUUCUUAUUUACAUGAAAACAGUAUUGUUCAUUGUAAAUUAAGAUUAGACAAUAUUGUUUUAUAAAAUGGAAAACCUAAAAUAAUUGAUUUUAGUGAAGCAAUAAGGAUGGAUAAAUAAGUUGAUAAAGAUUAUUCUACAAUUAAAUUAUAAUAUUAAUCUCCAGAAAUGUUGAACUCUCUCUAAUAUGAAUUUGAUGGAUAAAAAUAUGAUAUAUGGUGUUUGGGAUUAAUACUAUAUUAAAUGUUAUAGGGUUAAAUGCCUUUUAAUAAUAUAACCAACAAUAAUGAUUUAAAAAAUAAAAUUAAAAAAUCGCAAUUUUAAAUUUAUUAUCCAAUUUCAAAGUAAGUUUGUUCAUUGUUAGAAUCAAUGCUUAAUGUUGAUCCGAAUAAAAGAAUUACAUUGAAAGACUUAAUUAAUUUUUUAGAUACUUAAAAUCUAAUUUUUGAAGAUGAAUAUUUGAAAGUUCCUGAUGAUAUUCCAAUGCAUUUAAUAAUUAAAGAAUUAGAAGAUAACUAAAUAGAAACAAUCAAUUUAUUUUAAUAAUUAGAGUAGAAUAAACAUUGUUCAUUAACAACUUGUUAUUAUUUAAUAAGAAAUAAAUUUUUAAAACGAGCCAAACUUAAUAGGAUUAAAGCUAAUUUAAUGAAUUUUGAAAAUAGUAAAUUAAACUAUACGACAAAUUUAAGAAAUAGUUUAUAAUUUACAAAAAAAAAAUCUAGAAUAUAUUAGAAUGGUUCUCGAGUACAUACUGAGAAUAAUAAUAAUAUUAGGGCUGAAAGUUCUACUUAACAUUCGUAUAAGUAAAGAUCUUUAAGCAAAAGUAAUAAUAAUAAUAAAACUCCAUUUAUGAAAUAAAUUUAAUAAACUUCAAAUUUAUCUCAAACUUAAAAUUCCUUCUUUCCUUCAUAGAAUGCGAGUAGUAUAAACUAAAAUUAGAAUUAUAUAAAUAAAGGAAAUAUUAACAAUUCAAAUAGUAGUAGCAAUAAAAAUAGUAAUUUUUAAUAAUUAGGAAUUAUAAGUGAUGGUUAUUAAAUUUAUUAGGAUAAAUUAUAACAAAGAUUAAAGAGUUUUUUGUAUUCUAAUAAUAAUUACAUAAUUUAAGUAACAAAUACAAAAAGAAGAUCAGUGUCAUAAAAAUAUUGA